AGAGGGGGUCCAGGGGGCCACUGGGGGCCCUAGAAUCAGUCGUUCCGCCCAUGUGAUCUUCCCCCUCCUGCAGCUCCUGUUUUCAGACAGACUGAGUUUCCACCGGAGCGGCAGGAGAACAGUGAACACUGAAGGAGGAAGGCGGAGGUUAAACUAGAAAGCAGGAUUGAUCUGGUGAUGAAUGUCCUGAUUAUUCAGGUGAAGAAAGCUCCGCUGUGAAGCUCAGAUUCUUUCUUCAGAGAGUCACGGGAGAAACUUUCUCAGGAUGAGCAACAUCCGGUUGGCUUCCUCUGCCGUCUCCAAGGUAACAGGCCCAUCACCAGGAGGCAGUUCCCUCGGCAACGAGCCUCCAGCCUUCGUCCUGCCUCCACGCAACGCCAGGGUCGCCCUGGGGGGAGACGCCCGACUGGAGGGGAAGGUGCGUGGUCAUCCUGAGCCUCAAGUCACGUGGUACAGAGAAGGGAGGGCUGUGAUUGGUGGAGAGCGUUAUGUCGUGGAGCAAAGUGGGCGGGGCACCUUCAGCCUGGUGGUGGGCGGAGUCAGAGAGGAGGACCUGGGCCGUUAUACCUGUCAGGCAACCAAUCGGGCCGGCAGCCGGCAGGUUACCGUGGAGAUCCUCCGGCAAGAGAAUUCUGGGAAGAAAUAUGGCCUCCCGUCCUCCAUGAAAACAGGGUGUCCCCCUGCUGAGAACAGGCCCAGUAUCUGGAGCGAGAGCCCACCAAAGUUCAUCACUAAACCGAGCCGAGUGUUCACCGAACUGGGACAGACCGGAAAGUUCUCCGCCAAAACAACCGGACGCCCACAACCCCGGGUCACAUGGUACAAGGGGGAGGCGGAGCUUCAGUCUUGUGGGCGGGUCCACAUGUACGAGCGCUCUGGUCUGCACUUUCUGGAGAUACAGGAAGUGCGUGCGGAGGAUGCAGGAAGUUACACAUGUUCGGUGACCAACAGCGCUGGAACAGCGACCGCCACCGCCGUACUCAACAUCCAGGGUGUUCCUGAUGACUCCUCCAGCUCCCGCCGGGACCGAACACAUCCUCAGAGCCAGGCUGACGGGAGGGAAGACGGCGGACCGCAGGGUCGCAGGUCAGAGGUCACGGAGGCCAGAGGAGCAUGUGAGGCUCCACGCUUCGUCCGCCGCCUCGCCGACCUGAAGGUGAUGGACGGCAGCAGAGUUACCAUGACGGUGGAGCUGACCGGUAACCCGAUUCCAGAGGUGGUGUGGCUCCAUGACGGGCAGGAGGUGACAGAAUCCGAGGACUUCCACCUCCUCAGGGAGGAGAACCGCUGCACUCUGCUGAUCCAGGAGGUCUUCCCCGAGGACACUGGGACCUACAGCUGCCAGGCCUGGAACCAGUACGGAGAGGACCACACCCAGUCCCAGCUGACUGUGGAGGAGCCCCAGGACGGCGUCCAGCCCUGGUUCAUCACCAAACCCAAAGCGGCGAGCGCCUUUGUGGGCCAACAUGUCCUGCUGUCCUGUGCCGUUGCCGGAGACCCGUUCCCCGAGUACACCUGGACCAGAGCCCACCUGAGCCGACCUCUGACCUCCGGAGGAGACUAUGAGCUGCUGCAGAAAGAGGACGUGGUCUCGCUGCUGAUCAGGAGGGUUAAAAAACAUCACGCUGGAGACUACCUCAUCACCCUCAGGAACGAUGUUGGACAGUGCAGCGCUGUAGCCCAUCUGUCUGUAACUGAUACGGACCGGACCCUGCAGGAGGAGGAGGAGGAGCAGCCGGGGCCGCGGCGCUGA